UUUAGCUAGCUAACAGGAUUAUCGCAGCCAUGGCGAUUCAAGCCCCAGUAACAUUAUCUUCUGAUGGCUUUACCAGCGAAACCAAGUAUAGAUUCGACGUAUUUCUGAGUUUCAGAGGCGAAGAUACUCGCCACUCCUUCACUGUGAUUCUCUACGAUGCUUUGCGUCGGAAGGGAAUCAACGUCUUCAUCGACGACAAGAAGCUCGGGAAAGGAGAACAGAUCGCACCUACGCUACUUAAAGCCAUUGAGAAGUCAAGGAUUUCGAUUAUUGUGUUCUCUACAAACUACGGUACUUCCACAUGGUGCCUUGAUGAACUUGCCCAUAUCAUCCGGUGUAAGAAGGAGAAGAACCAGGUGGUUAUGCCCAUCUUCUACAAGGUGAAUCCCAUGGAAGUUCAGUAUCAGAGAAAUAACUUUGGAGAAGCCAUGGCUGCUCAUGAAGAAAGGUUCAGCAAUGACAUGGAGAAAGUGCAAACAUGGAGGUCUGCUUUGUCUGAAGCUGCGAGUUUGUCAUCAGCAUGGCUUUACGAAGAUGGAUACGAAUUUGGGUUUAUUGAAAGGAUUGUUGAAGAUACAUAUGCUAGGUUGCCUCCUAAACGCUUCCAUAACAUUGAUUACAUUGUUGGACUUGAGCCUCACAUAGAAGAAGUGAAGUCACAUUUGGAUGAAACUGAUAAUAGUGUUUGUAUGUUGGGAAUCUAUGGAACUGGUGGAAUUGGCAAAACAACCCUUGCAAAAGCUAUCUACAAUUCAAUCUUCUACCAAUUUGAAGGUGCAUGUUUUUUGUUUGAUGUCAGAGAAGAAUCAACAAAAUACAACGGUCUUCUUCGCCUUCAACAAACACUUAUAUCAGAAAUUCUUGAGGAAAAGAGGAUGAAGUUUCACAGUGUUGAGAAAGGAAAAUCUAUUAUCAAACAUAGACUUUCUAACAAAAAGGUAUUGUUGGUUCUUGAUGAUGUUGAAGAAGUUGAACAGUUGGAAAACCUUGCAGGGGCAUGUGAUUGGUUUGGUCGUGGAAGCAAAAUCAUUAUAACAACAAGGAACAAGCAAUUGCUAAUUGUGCGCAAUAUUAAAAAAACAUCUGAAAUGAAGGAGCUAAAUGAGCGUGACUCUCUUAAACUCUUUUGUUGGCAUGCCUUUCGUACAAGCCAACCUCCAAAAGGCUACAGAAAUAUGUCCAUUGGUGUUAUAAAUUAUGCACAUGGCCUUCCUCUUGCUUUAAAAUUAGUAGGCUCCACUUUGGCACAUAAAAACUUAGAGGAAUGGAUAUCUACAUUGAAAAGAUAUAAUAAAGUCCCAGGAAGAACAAUACAUGAAGUAAUGAAGGUAAGUUAUGACUGCUUACAAGACAGUGCUAAGUGUAUUUUCCUAGACAUUGCUUGCUUCUUUAACAGGAAGGAAUUGGAAUUUGUUGAAGAAAUACUAAAAGCCUGUUAUUGUGGGGCAAGGUUCUAUAUUGAAGUUCUUGUUGAUAAAUCUCUGAUAAUGGUUGAUGAUAAUGGUUGCUUGCACAUGCAUGAUUUAAUACAACAAAUGGGUAAAGAAAUCGUUUGGCGUGAGGCGCCUUCAGAUCCUAGUAAACGCAGCAGGUUAUGGUAUUAUGAAGAUGUUCUUUAUGUACUGCGUAAAAAUUUAGGAGGCAAUAAUAUUGAAGGAAUAUUACUUGAUCCACCUCAACAAGAAGAAGUGAAGUGGAAUGGUUUAGCCCUUAAGAAGAUGAUUAAUCUAAGGAUUCUCUUCAUUCGAAAUACCCAAUUUUCAAGGAGUCCUAAAUAUCUUCCCAAUAGUUUAAGAUUACUUGAUUGGGAGGGAUAUCCUUCUACGACUUUACCACUAGAUUUUUCUCCUCCAAAACUUGUUUGCUUCAAGUUAUAUGGAAGUAUUUUCCAAUUGAAAGAGCCAUUCCAGAAGUUUGAAUAUAUGACAUAUAUGGAUUUCUCAAAGUGCGAAUUCAUAACUGAAGUACCUGAUAUGUCCCGAUUUCAAAAUCUAAAAACAUUGACCUUUCUUAGAUGUCGCAAUCUGAUUAAAGUUCAUGAUUCUGUGGGAUCUCUCUGUAAGCUGGUCCGAUUAAAUGUUGGAGAAUGCACCAAACUUAAAAUCUUUCCACGUGAAAUCAACAUGGCAUCUCUUCAAGUUCUUAAUCUCACAAGUUGCAAGAAUCUUCAUUACUUUCCACGUAUAGUGGGAAACAUGGAUGCAUUGAAACAUAUCUCAGCAGAUAAAACUGCCAUCAAAGAGCUUCCAUCUUCCAUUGGAAAUCUUUCUGGGCUCGAAUAUUUAUCUGUAAGGUUCUGCAAAAGUCUUAGAGAGCUUCCAAGCAGCUUAUUCAAGUUGGAAAAUCUUGAGAACCUUGAUUUGGCCGGCAUUCAACGUCCUGGAAAAAAAUAUAUGAAGAAAUUAGUGAAAGAGAGCCAAUCCUCAGUUAUUUGUUGUACGAACCUUGAGAACUUGUGUCUCGAAGAUUGUGGUCUGUUGGAUGAAGAUCUUCAUGUAAUUCUGGCAUGUUUUCGGAACGUUCAAAACAUAGAUCUAUCCAAGAAUUAUUUUGCGACCCUUCCUGAGUGCACUAAAGAGUGUACUUACUUGAAGAAACUAGAAGUGAAUAAUUGUAAAAGGCUAAGAGACAUACCAGAGCUGCCAUCACAAUUGCGUAACAUAAAGGCUGAGAAUUGCACAUCAUUAUCAAUGGAGUCAUCAGGCCAUUUAUGGUCUCAGGCUAAAAAAUGCUUUCUCGGAGUAAUCGGUAUGCCAGCAACAAAAUUCCCUGAUUGGUUCGAUUAUUGCUGUCAAGGAAGGACAUUGUCUUUCCGAGUUCAUGGGAAAAAUUUCCCUCGUCUUGUAGUCGCAGUUGAAUCAGACAAAGCGAAGGCGAGUCACAGAUACUUCUUCGAAGUUUUCAUGAGAAUCAAUGAUCGUAAAAUGCCGUGGAUACAAAGUUAUGCGUCCUUUUAUGGGUCUGAUGCAAUUAGAGAUGGUGUUGUGUUGAUUUUUUCUGGUGACCAAGGUCAUGUGUUCUUGUUUGAUUUGCUUCAGAAUCUUGGUGAAGAAGAUUGGGAGGGGCUUAACAAGUCUUUGGAUUUGGAUUGGAAUGAUGUGGAUGUACAUGUUAUAUGUCACCCACCUGAUAUCUCCAUAGUUAAGUGUGGAGCUUAUGUGGACAAGCAACGAACAAACAUGGAGAAUAUUCGCUUCGUGUCUCCAAGACUUUCCAUAAAGGUUUCAACAAUUUCACCGCUGAAACGAAAAGCUAUAUCUUCUGCUCUUAAUGAAUCAGCCAGGAAGCUCUUGAGAAAUUUCAAGGCUGCUGAUAAAGGAGAAGUCAAUACCACAAAAAAAAGGUCAAGGCCAGUCAGCCUGGGAAGAAAACGACACCAAGUUAUUCGCUCGUGGUACAAGAGGCAUUUUCCAAUGCGCAAGCAAUUUUGGAGAUUUCUGAAAACAUGGAUUCAUAAUGUCUGGAACUUGAUUCUCCGGUGGACGGUGCAGAAGAUGAUGCCUCAGGUGAUUCGGAUUCGGAAGAAAUAUUGUUUCAAAGUUGAGCAAAUUGACAGCGAUGACUGACAAGAUUAAUUCAAGUUGGGUGGUGUCUUUUGGAAUCCAAUACUGUCAGGUGUCAAUAAUAUCCCCCCCCCCCCCUUUUUUUCCAAUAUCUUAGGUCUUGACCCAAAUUAAUUUGGUCAACAACUUGCAAGCACCUCUUUGAAGAUAUAUUUACCACAAAUAAUGUAAUGCAUAUCUAGAACUUAAACUCAAACUCAAAAUUUUUAGUUAAA